GAAAAAUGGAUCGUUAAAUGAAUUGUCUCCUCUCUCUGUCUCUAUCUCCCUUUGAUUUUGUGAGUGAGGAGAGAGAGGUGGAUAGAGAUGCAGUUUUGUCUUUAUUCUACAAGAGGCACGAAUGUUGGAAACUCAGGAAGCAAAGGCUAAACGCAUGGCUUCAAAUGGCGGUACCGCUGGCUACAUCCAUACCCACAUAACCUAUUUUAUCUAAAAUCAAACACAAAGGAAAAACAAGAGAGAAAGAUGCAGUUUUUUUGGCAAGAGAUAUAGCAGAGACUGAAGAAUCGAUUGUUUUUUCAUAGUUGAUGGGAAAGUUGCUGUCUUUUUGAGGAAAAUAAUGGGAACAAGAAGUGGGUUUGUGGGUAGAAAGACACGGGUUGUGACAGACUGGGGGUUGGUGUUUGAUGAUAAUGAUAGUAAGUUCUUAUCUUCUUCAUCUGCGGCUUCUUGUUGUGAGAGCUCUGUUACUAAUGGUGGUUCUCUUGAUGGAGGUGGUGUUAGUAGUGGGCCCUUUUAUUGCAAUACAAGCAACCAGGUUGCUUGUAUGAGCAAUAUAUACGAUGUUGUCGGUGUUGCUUCUGCUUCUGGAUCUGCUACUAUUACUGCAACUGCACCACUCCUGUCCAAAUCUCUCAGCUCUUCCAAUUUUGACUCUUUCUUUUCCUUCAAUUCCUCAGUAGGAGAAAUGGCAGCUUCUGUGAAUGUGAGACUGCCUUUUACUGCUGCUCAGUUGCAAGAACUUGAGAGGCAGUCUAUAAUAUUCAAGUCAAUUAUGGCUUCUAUUCCUGUCCCUAAUGAACUCCUCUUCCCCAUUACCGAAACCCCAUCAGCUCUUCCUCCUCCUCACUCCAAUGUGGUACAAGCUUCAAUGGAAAUGAGGGUUAUGAGCCAUAAUAGCUCGGUUUUGGAGCCAUGGAGGUGCAGAAGAACAGACGGGAAGAAAUGGAGGUGCUCUAGAGAUGUGAUUCCUGAUAAAAAAUACUGUGAACGCCAUUCUCACAAGAGCCGUCCCCGUUCAAGAAAGCCUGUGGAAUCACCAGCCCACCCAACUAACCUUGCAUAUCAAACGUCUCAUUUUCUCAACCAGAACAUUGGCUCUUCUGCAUUAUCCAGUGAUCAACAAUCCAGGUGCUUGGAGUGGUUCAUGAAAGGUGAGACACUUCCUGUUGCUAAUAAUUCCAACCAAGAAUGGCCGCAAAUGUUGCAAGCCAAAUUAGAAUCUAAGAAAGACAGCACCAGGGGUUACGGAGAACGCCCAUUCAACUCAAAUUCAUACAUCAAUUUUGGUGGUGACAACCGUCUGUUGCAAGCUCAGGGGCUACAAACGCAACAGAUCACUAGACACUUCAUUGAUGCAUGGUCUAUAGGAGAUGGAAAUGUUGGUAAUGCGGACAGUAUGAGCAACAGGAGUUUUGUUUCUUAUAAUGAAAAGCUACCCCAGUCUUCACUUAUACUAUCAAUGUCUGGUGGAAGUGAACUUCCUGGAAGAAAUGAAAAUGUUCUAAUGGGUAAUCUUGGCACCUCAGGCUUAGAAACAGAAAAUGUUGAGAGUCCUAGACCUCACUGGAUGAACCAUAUUUCAGGAUUAGGCUCAACACCUGGUGGACCACUGGCUGAAGCAUUGUGCCUUGGCAUUGCAAGUAGUGCUAAAUCAGAUUCGAAUGAGGCAUCCCCUCAUGCUGGCAGCACCAGCACCACUACCAGCAGCAGUAAAAGCUCAUCUGGAGAUGGUGGCCGCUCAGGGACCCAUUUUUAUUAAGCAAUACUGGUAGUCUGUCGGGAGCCUUUACUCUAAGGUCAUUGUGUAUGUAUCAGUGAACUGGUAGAUUUUGACUGAACAAGUUGAAUUUUACUCAAUUUGC